ACUAAAUACAGCUGGACUGUCUUUCGCUCAACUUGGGGCAUUCUUGUGCUCUUUGUCCGGCUCGUAUCAUACCUGCAAACCCCCCCUAACAAAGAUGCACCUGGACAUGACGCUCCUUCAAAUCCUUGCUGUAUUUUUCCUGCCAGGAGUUUGGAGCCAGGGCAGCACUGGACUCGGAGUGGUGGUGGAUGCCAGGAACAUCACCCUCCCUGCGGGGUCUAAAGCUGUCCUGCCUUGUCAAAGCCCCCGCAUGGUGUGGACCCAGGACCAACUGAAGGACCGGCAGAGGGUUGUGCACUGGGACGUGGUUCACAGCAGCCCUGAGUACUCAGUAGAGCGAAUCUUGGACAUGUCUCCUGGAGCCCACCAGAGAGUCUACAAUGGCUUCAACAAGGGACGUAUCUCCAUCCCAGAGACUGCUUUCACUGAUGGAAACUUCUCCCUCAUCAUUAACAAUGUGGUCAUAUCCGACAGAGGAGUUUACACUUGUAACCUCCACCAUCAUUAUUGCCAGAUUCACCAAAACAUUCAGAUUCAACUCAAUGUCACUAGAAUAGCUCGAAAAGAGAAGCGUUACUGGGAUGGAGAGAAGACUGUGUUCGUGGUCCUGGUGGGCAGCUCCGUGGUACUGCCUUGUGUGAACCGACGACCCCUGUGGAGGGAAGGUCUCCAGGAGGACCAGCAGCAGGUGGCCCACUGGGACUUCCAGCCCCCUGGGGUGCGUCCCGAUAGGGCUGACCGCCUCGUGGACCUGUAUGCCUCUGGAGAACGUCGGGAUUAUGGACCGCUGUUUGCCCAGAACAAGAUGAGCGUGGAGGAGGAUGCUUUUACAUUAGGGGACUUCUCACUGACCAUCGCUGAUUUGAAGCCUGUGGAGAAAGGCCUGUACUCCUGCCACCUACACCACCACUACUGUGGUCUUCAUGAGAGGCGCAUCUUCAGGCUCACUGUGCUACCACCACCUCCAUCGACCCCCAGCACAACGUCUCCCAUUGUCCAGAACGAUGUGCCAGAGCCAAGGAUUGAAGACCCGGAAGGUCCACGUGUGGUGAAUGUUAUCCUUCCUGAGCAUCGUGGUUAUUUUGUCCAUCAUUUGGGUUACUUCCUGGCAACCUUCUUACUGCUGGCCUUUAUCGUCGUGGCUGUCAUUGUGCUGACACGGCGGCGCAAAAAGAGAGGACUUGAGUAUGACAUGCAAAGAUAUGAACGGGGAAAUAUAACAAAUGGAGGUGAGGUAACAUUAGACUACACAGAGGUCGGGGCUUGCAGCCAUGAACCUGUGAAUUCAGACUACAAAAACAACCUACUGAAAGAGAAGGGAAUGGCCAAAGACUGCAAUAAGGACUUUGAUGGAAAAAUGUGGAAGUGAGUGAGAUGUUUCUGAAGUGCUGCUGGCAGGUCCAGGGCAAACACCGAAGGAGUAUAAGACUGCGGAGAAAGGACAAAAAAAGAAGAAACCCAGGAGAGGACAGGAGGAAUGCUCCCUCUGCUGUAACUUUAACACACUAAGCUUUUUCAUUAAAGGCACCAGGAUUUUUAUGACUAAUUAUACAGUAACAUGCUUUUUCACCAGCUGUUCUAGCUAUGUUUUUACAUAUUUGAUCUUUCCACUUUAUAGUCCUUGGUUGGUUUAUGUUGAAUGAUGAGUAUUUAGUUGCAUUUUUAAUCAUCUUUUUCAUUUUUUUCUAAAUGCAUGCUGUGUAUUAAAGUAUUUUAUGUACUUUGCAUGCUUACAGAGCUGCAAGCUUACAAAUCUUUUUUGCACAAAUUCUGCUGUACUGUAAUUUGUAAACGAUAUUUCCCCAUGUUUCAAAAGUUAAUUUACUGUAUGUACUCAAUAUCAGAAGAGCUCCGCAUUUUUAGCUAUGGAAAUUUGAACAAUUAUGGUACUUUUUGUAAUUUUGUUUUCACAACUUUGUAUGAAUAUGUUUAGAAAUGCAGAAUGUCAGACUUAAAUUCUUCUGAUGAUAUGAAAGGGACCAUGGACUAAAGGCUCAGUCUACUGACACUCAGGAAAGAAACCAACCUUUUAGCAAUUUCUGUGGAUUUCAAUGGACCGUGUAGUACUUGUUUGCAUCAAGCAUGUACAAUGUAUUUGUAUUUGUAAAACACUGACUUUAUUACUGAAUCUGCUGGUUAAUAACACACGUUGACUGCUACAAACAUCCAAGUGUCACUCUGUGAUGCUUAUUCCAACAAUGACUGUUUUAUAUUAGUAAUCUACUUGUCAUAGCCAUUACUUUCCCUUUUCUCUUGUGGAGGCAGUUGCACACAGUUUAAUACUGGUCUGAUCUAAUUAAAGAUUUCCUCUGUUAGAUCCAUAA